AAAAAAAAAAGAGAAAAAAAAUGACAAGUUCCGAUGAGACUCGAUUUGAAUCUAAUAAUAAUGAUCCUUUCAGAAGAGAUGAUAUACCUAUUAGUAUGAUAAAUUUUGGCAAAAAAUCUCAAUUAGUUAUGGGAAAUUUUAAAAAAUGUUGUGAAGAAUUUAAAUUUGAUAAUAGUGUAUUUAUGACCUUUAUUGCUCAAGUAGUUAAAGAACAACGUAAAAUCUUUCGUGAAUUCGCUGAAGUUUCAAUAAAAUAUAGUGAUAAUCUUUUAGAUUAUUCAAUCGAUCUUUUGUUUUUCGUAGAUUGUUUUAAGGAUGAACGAUAUUCUGAUGAUGAAUUUCUAGAAUUAUUGAAUGACCUUUUAAUCAAAUCUAGAGAAAAUCAUAGAUUAAUUAAAGAUUUAAAAAAAAUAAUUAGUAAUAAGGAUACAAACUUUGGAGAUGUUGGAAUUAAUGAAAAAUUAACUGCGGUCCAAAAUUUUUUGCCAACAUACGUUGAAGAUAUUAAAAACUGUCCAGGUUUAAUUGAUUCAGACAACAUAUCUAAAAUCGAAGAAGAGAUAACACUAUUAAAAAAUCAGGCGAAAAGUGGGAUUGCCUUUUCUGCAAUUGGUUUAGUAUGUAUUGGAGUUGGACUUAUUGCGCCUCCUGCUGGUGCUGUGAUGGCAGUUUCUGAUGUGUUACUUGGAAUUAGUAACGGUAGUAAUCUUUAUAAUUCUAUAAAGCUUAUCAAAACAAAUAAGAAAAUUAAAGAUCUUACGAAAAAAUUAAGUAUUGAAGUCGACGAAUUGAUUGAGAAAAUAAAAUUAUUUUCGAAUAGUUUGGAGUCAAUUAUUUUGGAGAUCAGUACGUUCGAAAUUUUUUGGGAAAAUCAAGUUGAAAAAAUCGAUUAUCUUAUAAAAAACCUCAGAGGGUUCAAUGAAACAGAGAGACGUCAUAAUAAAGAUAAAAUUGUCAACUCAAUUGAAAAAAAAUGGAAAGAUGUAGAACGAGAAUGUCAACUUUAUUCUCAUGAGAUGAAAGAUUUAUUGAUUAGAGAUGAAUAUAUUAAAGUAAAGUUUUGAAUAUGUAAAGCAAGAGUUACCCUAGUUUAACCUGACGUGAUGUUCAGGAGAAAUAAUUAUAAAUAUUAUAAAUUA